AUGCCCAUCCAGCGCGACUACUACGAAGUGCUCGGCGUCGCCCGCGACGCGGACGGGGACACGAUCGCCACCAGCUACCGCAAGCUGGCGAUCAAGUACCACCCCGACAAGAACCCGGGCGACGACGAGGCGGUCGCGCGCUUCAAGGAAUGCGCCGAGGCGUUCGAGGUCCUGGGCGACCAGGAGAAGCGCUCGCGCUACGACCGCUUCGGCCACGCCGGCGUGAACGGGCAGGGCCACGCGGGCUCCGGCUUCGGCGACGUCGAGGACAUCUUCUCCGCGUUCGGCGACGUCUUCGGCGACCUGUUCGGCGGCGGCCGUGGGCGGGGCCGCGCGCGGGCGGGCCGCGACGUCCGGUGCGACGUGACGCUCACCCUGCACGAGGCGGCCGAGGGGGUCACCAAGACCGUCGAGUUCCAACGCCACGAGGAGUGCGAGGAGUGCGACGGCUCCGGCGCCACGCCGGGCAGCCAACGCGAGACGUGCGGCUACUGCGGCGGUCGCGGCCAGGUCGUGCAGGCGGCCGGCAUCAUCCGCAUGCAGACCACCUGCCCGGCGUGCCACGGCGCCGGGGCGACGAUCAGCAACCCGUGCCGCCCCUGCCGCGGCUCGGGCCGGCGGCUCCGCACGGUGUCGACCGAGGUGCGUAUCCCCGCGGGCGUCGACGAGGGGACGCGGGUCCGGAUCACCGGCCAGGGCGAGCCGAGCCCGGACGGCGGCGUGGCGGGCGACUGCUACUGCUUCAUCAGCGUCAAAGAGCACCCGCUCUUCGAGCGUGAGGGGCAGCACCUCGUGUGCCGCGUGCCGAUCACCUACACCCAGGCCGCGCUCGGCUGCGACCUGGAAGUCCCGACGCUCGACGGCCGCGACUCGGUCACCUUGCCGCCCGGCACGCAGUCGGGCGACGUCUUCCGACUCAGCGGCCGGGGCAUGCCCGACCCGCGGCGCCACGGGUUGGGCGACCUGCUGGUUCAGGUGACAAUCGAGGUGCCGAAGAAGCUCUCGGCCGACGAGGAGCGCGUGCUCCGCGAGCUGGCCGAGCUGGAGCACACCAACGUCGCCCCGCAGCGCAAGAGCUUCUUCGGGCAACUGAAAGACUACUUCGUCGGCGAAGAGGACGCCUCGACCGCCGACGCCUCGCAGCAAGCGCAAGACGCCCCGGUCGACCCGGCGGAGACGAUCGACUUCGAAGCGGCCGACGGCGCGCCGUCGGCCGAGGACCAGCUGGCGGCCGCCGAGGACCGCGCCCUGCGUCUGCAAGCCGAACUGCAGAACGUGCUGAACCGCACGCGACGCGAGGUCGCCGAGGAGCGGAAGUACGGCCCGCUCGGCGUCGCCCGCGAUCUGCUGCCGGCGAUCGACAACAUCGACCGCGCGCUCGAGGCGGCCGAGAAGGCGUCGGGCGACGGGGACGGCGACCUGCUGACCGGCUUCCGGAUGGUCCGCGAGCAGCUCAUCGGCGUCCUCGGCCAGCACGGCUGCGAAGCGAUCGCGACCGAGGGCGGCGUCGAGUUCGACCCCGCCUUCCACGAGGCGAUCCUCCAACAACCGUCCGAAGACGCCCCGGCCGGCAUGAUCCUGAUGGCGACCCAAACGGGCUACAAGCUCCACGACCGCGUGGUGCGCCCCGCGCAGUGCGACGCCUGCGGGCACGAGUUCGAGCUGUUUCAGCAGAUCUCCGAGCCGGUCAAGCGGAAGUGCCCCGAGUGCGGCAAGCUGAAGCUGCGCCGGCUGUUCGGCACGGGCGCGGCCGUCGUCUUCAAAGGCUCCGGCUUCUACGAGACCGACUACCGCAGCGAUUCGUACAAGAAGGGCGCCGAGAAGGACAAGAAGUCGUCGGAGAAGAAGUCUGAGAAGAAGGGCGACUCGAAGAGCGAAACCAAGUCGGAAUCGACCAAGAAGUCCGACUCGGCCAACGGCCUACAGCCAAUAGCCUACAGCCACCGCCCCAUGCUUUGCCCCACCUGCGACCAGGAGUUCGACCCGGCCGAGACGCCGGCGAUGCCGUUCUGCAGCGAACGUUGCCGAACCCGGGACCUGGGGCGUUGGCUCGACGAAGAGUAUUCUCUCCCGCACGUGCCCGACCCGGACAGCGACGAGGCGGGCGAGUUGUAG